AUGGGUCGACUACGACAAGAGUAAUUUUGUUACGCGUCUGCUGAUGCGUGAGUAUUCCUCGUCGCCGUUUGCGCAACGACAUGUGAACAUACGAGACGCAGGAUCCUCAAAGAAGCACGGUGAUGGUUCGAGUUCCCCUUUGCAGCAUUCUUCAACAGGAGGACAUCGAGAACCCCCUUCUUCGACAGGUAAGGACCAUUUAUUUCGAGGCGAUGGAGAUCGAGAUCAAUCUUCUGG